AUGGCCACCAACAUCCCAUCCUCGAGCUUGCCUACCCGGCCUGCCUUUGGCACAACCCUGGAGAGCCUCGGGUACUUUCUCACCAAGGAAGGACUCAUCCGCAAGAUCAGCAACCCAGAUGAGGGCUUCAAGUUCGACGUGACCAAGGAUGAGCGCAUUGCAAAGAUGGAAGCUCACGCCCUGCAACAGGCCGUCUGCGGACUGGUCCUGCAUCAUCUGAGCGCCAUGCGAAUGCACGUAAUUCCAAUUCCAGUCCAAGGCAACGCCGAAGCAGUCCCCCACACCUUGAUCACCGCAAGCCAGAACCUGAAGACCGCCAAACGCAUCAUCGUCCUAUGUGGCGAUGAAGGUGAAGACAUGGGUAUCUUCUCCUACCUCGAUGCCAUCGAGCACAGUCUCAGAUUCGGCACCAUCCUCGGUAUGGUCAGUGGCAUCUGCAAUGGGGAAGACAUCGCAGAUGACGAUGUAGCCCUAAUCGUCCUGAACCCAGCCCAAUACAUCUGGAACCCUCAAACCAAGCUCGCUGAGUCCCUUGAGACCUUUCGCCUGCGUGAGGCUUCUUCUCUGAUCUCCCCCGUCCGUGACCCCACUCGUCGCAAUGAGAUCCAGGGCAACCGGACUCUCCAUGAGCACGUCGAGUAUGUCUUUGAGAACAUCCUCAUGCCUUGCAUGCGCGGCAACACGAAAAUUGACAUCCUGGGCGUCGCCGAUGGUGGCGUCACCGUGCACAAGUUCCUGAAAGAGAACUGGACAUUCUGGCACCCAUUCAUCUCCAACAUGCAGCUGAUCGACCCCCGUCACGUCUUCGACGAGAGCACCAUAGCCACUCUGUACAACCCAUCCUCCUUCGCGUCCUUCAUGCGUGACCGCAGCCGCGCCUGGGUCCGCUCCGACCUCCCACUGGGCAGCCAUGAAAUCGGCAUCGGCGCCCGCGGCUGCAACUGCUAUGCAGGGGGUGAGACAGCCCACAUAAACGCAAUACUGCCGCGUUGCCUGGACAAGGCGCUGGCGUGGAUGAAGCUGAUGCACGGAAACCCCGCGCUGAAGGAGACGCCCUGCCUUGUCGAAGGCGAGGCUAACAUGCUCGAGCGGGCCGACCGUAACGGUCCCCCUGCUGACCACGACUGGGCGGGGUCGUUUGUGCUGAGCAAUUUGCUCCGUCUGAGCUGGUGUGGUCCGCCUGAGAAGCUGGAGAGCAAGUAUGCCCGUGAGCUGGUGUUGCUUGGCCGGAGGUACGACAAUUCGUAUGAUUGCACCCCGGUUAAACAUAUCAAUGCGACAAUGGAUCGCUUGUUUUUCUUCCUGGAGGGGUUGGUGGGGGAUGAGCGUCGCGGUGCCGGUGGCGGCGAUGUCGCCCAGUAA